CUGUUGGGGACACAAGACAUUUUAUGAACUUUGACAGUACAUCUGACUUAGUUGCAGAAGGUGGCCAAAAACAUUUUUGUCAAUGAAUCCAUGAUUUCGGAAUAAGCUCGCAAGCUCCAACCUCAAAUGUUACAAUUGCAUACAUUUUAUCUAUAGACGUGGCACAAAAUAUUUCAUUUUAUAAGUAGAACAUCUAAUGCAAAUUUACAAGUAGAAAAAAUCUAAUCAAGACAAUACAGUCAAUUUAAUCAAGACAAUGCAUACAAUUUUAAAAAAAUUGUGUGCAUUCAAAAGAAAAUACAUACAUAAGUAACUCUAUACAUAACAAACUAAGAAAUAACCAAUUAUAAUACAACUAUUAUUUAAGAAUCCGACAUGAGAGUCAUCGAGCGACAACUGCAAUUAGCUGUGAACAAGAUCUUAGACUGGUGUGAUCAGAAUGGUCACACUCUUUCGCCAUCUAAAAGUUGCUGUAUCCAUUUCUGCCGUAAACGCUCGAUUCAUAAUGACCCUGACAUCUCCAUUCGAAACAUUAAUAUACCAGUCGUGCCACACACGAAAUUUUUAGGAGUCAUUUUCGACAAUAAACUAACUUUUAUACCUCAUAUCAGGCUAUUACGUAAACAAUGCGAACAGAAACUGAACAUUUUGCGUGUACUGUGUAAUACAUUUUGGGGAGCUGAUCGCCUAGCCCUGCUACGCAUAUAUCAAGCGCUGAUACUUUCACGCCUUGACUAUGCAUGUGCAGUUUAUGGCUCUGCAACCGCCUCCAAUCUACGUAUCUUAGAUACCGUACACCAUUCAGCUCUUCGCAUUUGUUCGGGAGCUUUUCGUACAUCUCCCGUUGAAAGUUUAUACGUUGUCUGCAAUCAAAUACCAUUAGAUUUACAUCGCAUGAAGCUAUCUCUCAGUUAUUACUUUCGUAUCAUGUCCUCUAGAUAUCAUCCACUAAAGCAUUAUGUAAUUUCAUCAAGCUUGGAGAGAUUAUAUGCAGCUAGAUCUUCUCACGUCCGUCCAUUUCAUGCUCGCAUGCGUUUACUCAUUCAAACUUUUGACAUUUGCAAAUCACCAUCGCAAUCAGUGGAUCAUCUUCUCAUACCUCCAUGGAACAUUAUACCAUAUCAAUUUUAUUCCCCUUUUAUGAUGUAUAAUAAAUCUAAUGUUGCACCCAUUAUCUUCCAGCAACUAUUCAUUUCUCAUCGUCAUCAAUAUUCAGAGUAUGUACCUGUGUUUACUGACGGAUCAAAAUCUGCGGGUUAUGUGGGCUGUGGCGUCAUUAUAGCUGAUGAUACCUAUAGCUACAGAAUCCCAAGUAUUUGCUCCGUCUUUACUGCUGAAGCUGCUGCCAUUCUCUUGGCACUGCGGCUGAUUUCCACUCGCUCUACAAGGAAAUAUUGCAUAUACUCCGACAGUAUGAGUGUUUUGAGGCAGUUGGAAAAUUUUAACAGUGACACUCACCCGAUUUUAUGUUUUAUUAAUCACUUGUUGAUAACCCUCCACAAAAAUAGAUUUCAUAUUUUACUCUGUUGGAUACCGAGUCACGUCGGUAUACCUGGGAACGACUUAGCUGAUUCGGCUGCACGAUCUGCUACCUCUGUCUUAACUCUAUCUAUACCUUUCUCGGACACAAAAACUUAUAUUCGACAGUUCAUCACAUCUGUUUGGCAACAACAAUGGGAUCUAAAGAUUUAUAACAAGUUGCACUCAAUAAAAACAGAUUUUAACCCUUAUCCUGUAUUGAGUCUGCGACAUGCAGAUGUAAAGUUAAAUCGUCUCCGAAUCGGCCACACUCGGCUGACACACUUACAUUUGUUAUUUGGGGAACCUCCACCCCAAUGCAACACCUGUAAAGUUUUACUAACUAUUCACCAUAUUUUAAUCAUCUGCCCAUGUUUUAACCGUCAUCGACUAACCUUUUUUGGUAGUUCUAUUUUAACUCUGCAGGAUUUGUUAGGUGACUCCCAUCAUCCUAACAUUUUUGCGUUUCUACGCGCGAUUGGUCUUUUAUCUUGUAUAUAACUGUUUUAUCCUUUUUAUCUACUUUUACUCACUUUUGAAAUACCUCUGUCACGUUGUAUCUAGUUUUAUUAAUUCCGUGUGACUUUUGAUGAGGAAAAUUUGUAUUAUACAUUUACCUUAUUUUAAAACCGUUUGUUUGGCGCAGCAUGUCCUUUUUUGGACUUUGUGCCAUUAAACCCUACAUUCAAUCAAUCAAUCAAU